CUGGAAGAUUUGUGCAAGCUGUACUUUUCCCUUCUCUUUGACACACAAACUGCUAUAUAAAAGAUCAAAAGGGCACAGAGAGGACACCAAAGACUGCGAUAUCCUGCAAGCUGACAGCUGACAUGCAUCUUAUCCAAAAGAAAGCCACCUUGGGCAUUAAAGGCCUCGCCAUCCUCUGCGUUGUGCUCGGCCUGUUUGCUAGUGCUGAAUCUGCUCAGGACGCAAACAACACAGAGGGAGAGCUGACCUUUCUAAAGCUGAAACUAGAGUCUUUGAAGGACCGCUUCAGACACAUGUGUAACCAAUACUCCGACCUGGCACACAACUGUUCAGCUCCAGCGAUCAACUGCACAGAGUGUCCUGACGGGUGGGUUCACAUAGGGGAUCACUGCUUUUUCCUCAGCAACGAUACCGACGGUUGGCUUAACAGUACGCUCAAAUGUAAGGAUAUAGGCGGACAUCUCGCCAUCCUGACCACCAAAGAAGAGUAUGACGCUCUUGAAAAAGAAGCCAGGACGAUUGGGACAUUUAACCCAUUCUACUGGCUUGGGCUGAGUGACAUUGAGAACAGAGGAGACUGGAAAUGGGUGGACAACUCAACGCUUCAAGUUUCAUUUUGGAACACACUGAAGUCUGAGCCGGAUAACAACGCGUCCGCUGGGGAAGCUGGAGAGGACUGUGCGGUGGUGGACACCCAGAAUCACAACUGGUACGACGUUCCCUGCUCCUUCCAGUAUCGACGAAUCUGUCAGAUGGAUGCCAUCCCGCUAAAUUAGCCCAAGAGGACCUCUACAGGAACAUCACUCAGAAAGAUUUUGAUGCUUUAUUGAAAACAUCUGCUAAUGUUUUUACACAUUACAGUUUUCAU